AUGGAAGCGACGCUGGCCUCUAACGGGGCCGCCCUCAUGGAGCCCCAGGACUCCAGCCCGGUGGCGGGCGGCAGCCUGGAGCAGCGGCUCUGCAGGCUGGAGGACGCUGCCCUCGUGCUGCUGCAGGGCGUGCCCUACCUGCUGGCUGAGCCGUCCAAAGACCUGGCUGACGCGCGGCUGUGGCGCAGCCCCACCACCGAGCACACCGCCGAGAUCGGGCGGCGCCUGCUGCUGUACCGCGGCCUGCAGCAGCCCGUGCUGGAGGGCGCGGCGGGCGUGCUGCAGGGGGCGUGGCGGCGGUUUGUGCAGCGGAGGCGGGGGGGCGGCGGCGGCGGGGGCGGCGCCCCUGAACAGGGCGGCCGUGGCAGCGACGCAUGA